UACUCACCAAAACUAUCCCCAUCUUCAACCUCUUCCUUUCUCUCGACACCCACCACACACCCCACCACUUGUCCACUGCCCACUACCGCCACCUACGGCCCCUCUCCUUCCUCUCUCACUCUCCUAGUCGUCCCCCACUCCUUACUCAUCCGUGACACCACCCACCCCCUUCCCUUCCCGAUGGCAGGAGAGAGCCAGGGAGUAGGUGGGGUGGAAAGGAGAGGGGAAGGGGACCGAGUGAGAGAGUCAGGGAAGGGAGGAGAAGGGUGGCUUGUAGUGAAUUAUUUUAAUUUUUAAUUUAUUUGUUCCUCUGACUCUCAAGAAUAAAAAUAAAUAUAAUCAAGAUGUAAAACUUACUUCCAACAAUAAUGUGCCCAAACUUUUACACUCACGCAUUCAUAGGAGGCUUUGGGAGUUACCUUUUUGGCAUGAGUGAAAAAAUUGCCAAACAGUCAACUGAAGCUGAUGAUGCACGGAAUAUAAAGAACCCAGCUGUGGGUUGGAUGAUUGGAUUUCUUUUUAUUGUUAGCUUUCUUGGACUUUUUUCUGUAGUGCCUCUUAGAAAGAUAAUGAUCUUAGACUUCAAACUGAUUUAUCCAAGUGGGACUGCAACUGCUCACCUUAUCAACAGCUUCCACACUCCUCAAGGAGCGAAGCUAGCAAAGAAACAAGUCAGAGCUCUGGGAAAGUUCUUCUCUUUCAGCUUCUUGUGGGGCUUCUUCCAAUGGUUCUACACUGCAGGGCAUAAUUGUGGAUUUUCAAGCUUCCCUACAUUUGGUCUCAAAGCCUUUGAAAACAGGUUUUACUUUGAUUUCUCUGCAACUUAUGUCGGCGUUGGGAUGAUCUGUCCACACCUAAUCAACGUAUCUUUGCUACUUGGAGCAAUCCUUUCAUGGGGUAUAAUGUGGCCACUUAUAUAUAACCAAAGGGGCCAUUGGUGGCAACCUGCAGACCUUAGCCAAUCUAGCCUUCGUGGCCUGCAAGGUUAUAGGAUCUUUAUAGGAAUAGCAAUGAUACUUGGUGACGGCCUCUACAACUUUAUCAAAGUCCUUGGUAUUACUCUAUUCGGUUUGUAUCGCCAAUUCUGUGUUAAAGACCAAGGCAGUGUCCUCCCAGUUGCUGGCGGUGUUACCCCCCCUAAAAAACCUACUGUGUCCUAUGAUGAUCAGCGUCGAACCCAACUCUUUCUCAAAGACGAAAUCCCAGAAUGUUUUGCAGUUGUUGGGUAUGUUGGCAUUGCCAUUAUCUCCACUGCAGUGCUUCCACACAUCUUCCACCAACUCAAAUGGUACUACAUCGUGGUUAUUUAUGUCUUUGCACCAGCACUAGCCUUUUGCAAUGCUUAUGGUUGUGGGCUCACUGACUGGUCCUUGGCAUCCACAUAUGGAAAGCUAGCAAUCUUCACAAUUGGGGCAUGGGCAGGAGCAUCCCAUGGUGGUGUCUUAGCCGGAUUAGCAGCUUGUGGGGUUAUGAUGAACAUCGUCUCAACCGCCUCUGACCUAAUGCAGGACUUCAAAACAGGUUACAUGACCCUAGCUUCACCACGGUCCAUGUUCGUGAGCCAAGUCAUUGGAACAGCAAUGGGUUGUGUCAUUUCGCCUUGUGUGUUUUGGCUCUUCUACAAGGCUUUCCAUGAUCUUGGAAUCCCCGGAACACAAUACCCCGCUCCUAAUGCUCUUGUCUUUCGAAACAUGGCAAUCUUGGGGGUUGAAGGAUUCUCAGCUUUGCCAAAGAACUGCCUCACCCUUUGCUAUGUGUUCUUUAUUAUAGCUGUCGCUAUCAACGCCAUUAGAGACGCUGCAGGAAAGCAGAGAGCAAAGUUUAUCCCUAUCCCCAUGGCAAUGGCAAUACCCUUCUAUAUUGGAUCAUACUUUGCUAUCGAUAUGUGUGUUGGGAGCCUCAUACUAUUUGUUUGGCAGAAGAUAAACAAGAAAAAGGCCGAUGCAUUUGGACCUGCCGUGGCUUCUGGUUUGAUUUGCGGGGAUGGGAUAUGGACUCUGCCCAGUUCAAUAUUGGCAUUGGCAGGUGUAAAUCCGCCCAUCUGCAUGAAGUUUCUGUCGAGGACAGCCAAUGCAAAGGGUUGAUAGUUUCUUAAACAACUAGUUCAGCAAUUAUAUAUAGCUUCCCGUUUCAUGUUCUCAGCAUCUUCUUUGUUUCCACUUCUUUCUCACCUUCUAUCCUUUUUAAAUCUAGCUGUGUGUCUGUUUACAUGUAUAAUAUGUAUCUAUCAAUGAUAGACAACUAGAUUUCAUUCCCACAAACCACUUGAAAUGAGAUCAACAUGUGAAGGAGAUCUAGAAGUCCUCGUAAUGUAAUGAAGUACUACAUGAAUCUGAAUGUUAACAUGUGAAGGAGAUCUAGAAGUCCUCGUAAUGUAAUGAAGUACUACAUGAAUCUGAAUGUCAGUUGUAAAAUACUUUCUAUAAUAUGAUUGGUACAAGUUUCUAUA